GAGAGAGAGAGACGACUUCUUCCUUCAAACUUCAAAUCUUCAUCCAUUUCAUUUCAAUAGACUUUUUUCUACAAUUUUAAUUAUCAUCUGUUUUGCUCCUUUUUAUGGUUGGAUCAGAAAUUGAAGAUAUAUACUUGUUAACUAACUGAAUUUUCCUACAGAAGAUGGCUGAAAAUGAAAUUGAGGAAAUGUUAGAUCACCUGAGAAGGAUCAAGAGUGGAGAUGAUCUGGAUAUUGAACAAAUUAAGAGACUUGAAAUGGUGCUAAGAGUUUUUAGAACCUAUAUAAAGUAUCAUCAUGUUCUUUUACCUGAUUCCUUAGUCAACCUCAUAAAGAAUGCCAUAUGGACUGUGCAAAUGCUUGACAAUAUAUUGGAUGGGAUUCCAGAUGAAUGUAAAACUAACCUUAACCUGGAAAGGCUAAAAUCACAUUUGUUGGAAUUCUUUGAAGGUAAUACCAGGUUAAGUUACAAUUAUGAGUUGAAUGAUUUUGAUCUGUUAGAAUGUAUAAAUUGCUUCGGAAAGAAUCUAAAUGAUGUACAGAUGUUCCUGGAAGACGAUCCUCAAGAACAAGUCCUUGGACACAGAUUUAUAAAGCAACUGAAAAUUGUUCAAAAGAAAAUGAAAUUUUUGACAUACUUAUAUGUCACAGAGAUAAAUGGUUACGUGGACCAUGAGAAGCUGGAAUGUUUGGAGACUCGAAUUCAGUUCAUGGCAGACAAUGUGGGACAAUUUUGUCUUGCUAUGUCAGGUAUGGCUGCUGUAGCGCACCGGGCUGCCCUUUUUAUGUCAGUUAUGGAUACUGGUGAUUUUGUAGAUUAUGAGGUUGAGGAUGACAUAGAUGAGUAUGAUAUCUUCAAUAAACCUCCUUAUCUAUUAUGCUUGAUUAAGCUAGUGGAGCUGGAAAUGAAGAAGAUUUUUCUCAGUGAACUAAAGGCUUCAAAGUUUACUCAAUCAAGAACUUUCAAGGACAAGAAAUUACCAAAGGAAUUUUCACAUCAUUUCCACAGUCUGCUGGUGUAUCUCAAAAACAAAAAGCUCCAGAACUUUCCUAAUAAUGUCUUUGCUCAAAAUAUUGAUGUGGCAAUAGAGUUCUUGUUGGUUUUCCUUGAUGCUGAUGUGUCAAAUCAUGUUAUUAAUGGUAACUGGUUUGAUGAAGUUAUGGAAAAGGUUGGAGCUAUAGCGGGUGAUGUUCUAUAUGUAAUUCAAAAGCUUCUUCCUAGCUCUAUAAAUGAAGAUGACACUAGCGAAACAAGUCUUUGCACGACACAGAUAUUGGAGAAAACUAAAGAUCUGAAGACACAAGUGGAGACGUACUACAAAUCCUUAAAAUUUACUCCAUCUCAGUUCCCCACCUUUUGUGGAUUGAGCUUUCUAGAUUCUCUUUUAAGGAAACUGAAUGAGAUGUCGAAAUCUAAAUCUGGUUUAGAUUUCCUGAUGAAACCUCUUUUAGGGAAUUUGGAGAAAGAGCUAUCAUCUCUUGCAUCCAGUUUAGAGAAGGAGCUGUCAUCCAUUUUCAGAGAUGUCGCAAAGGUGCACCAUGAACAUAAAAUUCCUAAAGAUCUUCAGCGACGUACCCUCAAUUUGGCAUAUGAAGCUGAGGUUGCCAUUGACUCUAUUCUUGCUCAGUAUAAUGCUUUUUUGCAUAUUUUUUGCUCACUUCCCACAAUCUUAAAAGAGAUCAAGCAAAUUAAUGCGGAGGUGACUGAGAUGUGGUUGGCGGACAUUCCUCUCAAUCCUCACUAUGAGGUUUCUCCAUUUGAACAUCUGCCAACUCGACAUAGCAAUCCUGUGACUGAUGAGGAGAUAGUGGGUUUUGAGAUAGCAACAGAAAAAAUGUUUCAGUAUCUGAUUAGAGGUACAAAUGAGCUAGACGUCGUCCCAAUUGUAGGCAUGGCGGGACAAGGGAAAACGACAAUUGCUAGAAAGGUGUACAAUAGUGACAACAUUGUUUCUCAUUUUGAUAUUCGAGCAUGGUGCAUCGUUUCCCAAACAUAUAACCGGAGAAAGAUAUUGCAAGAGAUUCUUAGUCAAGUUACCGGUUCAAAGGACAUGGGAGAUAAGGACGACGAACUUGCGGACAUGUUGAGGAAAACACUAAUGGGAAAGAGAUAUCUCAUUGUCUUGGAUGAUAUGUGGGAUUGUAUGGCAUGGGAUGACUUAAGGCUUUCUUUUCCAGAUGUUGGAAAUAGAAGCAGAAUAGUUGUAACAACUCGACUUGAGAAAGUGGGUGAGCAAGUCAAGUACCAUACUGAUCCUUAUUCUCUUCCAUUCCUCACAACAGAAGAGAGUUGCCAAUUGUUGCAGAAAAAAGUGUUUCAAAAGGAAGAUUGCCCGCCUGAACUACAAGAUGUGAGUCACGCAGUUGCAGAAAAAUGCAAAGGGUUGCCUCUAGUGGUUGUCUUGGUAGCUGGAAUAAUCAAAAAAAGGAAAAUGGAAGAAUCUUGGUGGAAUGAGGUGAAAGAUGCUUUAUUUGACUAUCUUGAUCGUGAAUCUGAAGAAUAUAGUCUGGCGACUAUGCAGUUGAGUUUUGAUAACUUACCCCAUUGUUUAAAGCCUUGUCUUCUUUAUAUGGGGAUGUUUCCGGAGGACACAAUAAUUGCAGCGUCUAAAUUGAUAAGUCUAUGGAUUGCAGAAGGAUUCGUGGAGAACACUGAAUCUGGGAGGUUAAUGGAAGAGGAAGCUGAAGGUUACUUGAUGGAUCUAAUUAGCAGUAACAUGGUAAUGCCUUCAAAGAGAAGUUAUAAUGGUAAAGUCAAAUACUGCCAUGUUCAUGAUGUUGUGCAUCACUUUUGCUUGGUGAAGAGUAGAGAAGUAAAUUUUAUGCUGGCAGCGAAGGGGCAUGCUAUCCAGUUUCAACCUUUGGAUUGGAAGGGAAAUCGAGUGAGCUUCAGUUUCAGUGAAGAGCUUUCCAAGUUAGCAUCUCUGGUCUCCAUAACACAGAAGCCUUUCCACCAUCACUUGAGGUCACUGAUAAUCAAUGGAGGAGAUUAUUUCGAUCGGGUUCCUAUCUGUCAGAUUAGUGAAUUGCGACUUCUUAAGGUCUUGGAUUUGAGUUUUGUUAGUGUGGAAUUGUUGACGUCAUGUACAUUCAAACCACUAAAUCACCUGAAGUACCUCGCAGUUUCGGCAGAUCUAUUCCAUUUUCAUCCAGAAUCACAUCUGCCCCAUCUAGAAACUUUAAUUGUGGAGCAUAAUGAUUAUAUAGUACUGUUACCAGCGUCUUUUUGGGAAAUGGAAAAAUUAAGGAAUGUUGAGAUUGCUGUAGCUGAAUUUGAUUUGGAAGAGGAUAAGCAGGGGAUCUUUGAAGAAUCCUCAAAAUUGGAAAACUUGAGGAUAUUAAGGAAUGUUAUAUUUCGCAAUGCUGAUAGGAUGGAUGUGUUAUUAAGGAGGUGUCCUAAUCUUCAACAACUUGAAAUCACUUUUUUGGGCAAGAAAGAUUCUGCAGAGCCUUUUUGUCCCAAAUUGGCGAAUCUUACCCAGCUUCAAAUACUUCAACUUUCCUUUCUGCAUCCCCACAUUCUAUCCGGGUUACAGUUGCCUUCAAAUUUAAACAAGUUGGCACUAAGAGGGAUUCAUAUAGAAACGGCUAUUCCCUUCAUUGCGGGACUACCAAACCUGGAGUAUCUCCAAUUACAAGAUCUGCGUUUGCGUCAAUCAGAAGAGUGGUGCCUUGGAGAUAUUACUUUCCCUAAACUUAAGUUGUUGAAACUGGUGCAGUUAGGUAUCUCAAGGUGGGAUGCCUCGGAGGAAUCCUUUCCCCUGCUUGAAACACUUGUUAUAAAACAUUGUGGCAAGCUGAAGGAGAUCCCCCUUAGCUUUGCAGAUAUUCCAACACUGAAACAGAUUAAGUUGUUUGGCUGGAGGAAAUAUUCUCUGGAGGCUUCAGCUGUGAGAAUUAAGGAUGAAGUCGAAGAGAUUGAAGGAUGUGACCGUAUAGAACUCGUCAAAACACAGUAAGAUUGUGGAGAGUUUUGAUAGCUAAUUGUUGCAGCCAUGCUCAUACUGAAGUCUAUUUUGUAACUACCCCAUCCUCUUAUAUUGUAACCACUAGUACCGAUUGCUAAGUUUGUUUUCAUUGAUCAACUCUUUUUAUGUAUGAUUGGAGACAUAUUACUAGGAAAUCUUUCACUGAUUUCUUGUUUUUAUGCA